CCUCAAGUCACGUGAAUGCCCCUUUCUUUUCUCUUUAAAAUAGUUUUACAACAUUCUUCCAUUACAUUUUCUUUGAUCAUUUCACAAGAAGAAAAUCUUCUUUCCUUUUCCUUUCUUCUUUUAUUUUCCUCUUGCUUCCCAUGAUUCCCACUUACAGAAAUUCUUCUCCUUCUUCUCCUUCAUUUCCUUUUGAACUUAAUAAUAAUGAGGUUCAUGAUCUAAGUCAUAUUAAUCCUCUUGUUAGCCCUAGCUAUCAAGUUGCUUCGUCAUCUUCUUACUCGUCUUGCCAAACUUUCUUCAAUAAUUCAACUACUAAUCAAGAUCAAAUGGGAUAUUAUCGUUCUCAAUUUUACCAGCCACAAUACCAACCCGAGGUUGAUAAUUUUGCUUCAAGAAGUGGAUCACAUGAUCAUCUAGAGAAGAAAAACAAGGGACCCAAAUUAACCUUGUGGAAAAAAGGAGAUAAGUUGAUGCAAAAGAUGAAGAAUUCAGAUCACGCACAUAUCAAAUUGAAGUUAGAAGAUCAGAAGAAGCAGCAAUCAUAUCCUAAUUUGGAAACUGAUUACAGCAGCAACAGCUCUUCCAACAAUAGUAAUAACAACAAUAUUCCAAUUAGGGUUUGUUCUGAUUGUAACACUACUAAGACCCCUCUUUGGAGAAGUGGUCCUAAAGG